AUGGCAUCCUUAGGUGCAGCACGGUUUCUCCCCCUUGGAGAAUCUUUAUGCUUAAGAAAGCUCUCACGAUUCUCUAGAGUAGCUACAUUCCACAGAAGUGUUCGCUUUUUGAGCCGGGCUGAUCGUGAAAACGGGCCUCUCACACUUGCAAGCGUUGGGUUCAAAAGUGAGCUUCAAGCAACAGACAAGGAUGAGAGGAAUAAGCUUGAGCCGCUUGUUUCCACAGUUGAAGUCGCCAAACCUAAAAUGAAGGCAGUUUGGAACAAUGCAGUCAAGGCUGUCAGAGGGAAGGAGACUCUUGAAGCAGAGUUUGCUCCCUUUUCUGCAAAGUCUUUUUCUGAACUUGGUCUUCCUCUUUGGUUGAUUGAGAGGUUAGACAGGGAAGGUUUCACGGUUCCAACUGAUGUCCAGUCGUCGGCAAUUCCCACAAUUUUCAAGGAUCAUGAUGUUGUGAUACAGUCCUACACAGGUUCAGGGAAAACAUUGGCAUAUCUCCUUCCCAUACUCUCUGAAGUGGGCCCACUGAAGAAGGAACCUUCCAAUGGUGACAAGCCUAGGAAGAAUAUAGAUAUAAAAGCAGUAAUUGUGGCACCGUCGAGAGAGCUUGGUAUGCAGAUUGUGAGGGAGGUUGAAAAGCUGUUGGGACCUGAAGAUAAAAAACUAGUUCAGCAGCUUGUAGGAGGUGCAAACCGAUCAAGGCAGGAAGAAGCUCUUAAGAAAAACAAACCAGCCAUUGUGGUUGGGACACCUGGGCGGAUUGCCGAGAUCAGUGUAACCGGAAAACUGCACACCCAUGGCUGUCGUUACUUGGUCUUAGAUGAAGUUGAUGAGCUCCUUUCAUUCAAUUUCCGGGAGGACAUGCACAGGAUAUUGGAGCAUGUUGGGAGGAAAUCUGGUGCAGGCCCACGUAGUUCAAAAAGCCCUAUCACUAGGCGGCCUGAGCGUCAAACUAUCAUGGUGUCUGCAACGGUGCCAUUUUCGGUGAUAAGGGCAGCUCAGAGCUGGGGGCAGGAUCCACUUCUUGUCCAAGCCAAAAGCGUUUUGCCCCUUGAAUCAGUCCCUCCCUCUGGACAUGUUAACUUGCCAGGAUCUUCUUCCUCUCCUAGUUCAACCUCGAAUUUACAGACUCAGGCCACUAUUAAGAGCCUACCACCAGCUCUAAAACAUUACUACUACGUAACGAGGCUACAGCACAAGGUUGAUACAUUGAGGAGAUGUGUGCAUGCUCUUGAUGCCAAGUCUGUGAUAGCUUUCAUGAACCAUACUAAACAACUAAAAGAUGCUGUCUUCAAGCUGGAGGCUCGCGGAAUAAAUGCUGCUGAGCUGCAUGGGGAUCUUGGCAAGCUUGCGAGAUCAACAAUUUUGAAGAAAUUCAAGAAGGGGGAAGUAAGAGUGCUGGUGACAAAUGAGCUUUCAGCUAGAGGUUUGGAUGUAUCAGAAUGUGAUCUUGUAGUUAAUCUGGACUUACCCACUGACUCAAUUCAUUAUGCUCAUCGGGCCGGCCGAACAGGUCGGCUUGGCAGGAAGGGUACUGUGGUCACCAUAUGUGAAGAAUCGGAAGUGUUUGUGGUGAAGAAGCUGCAGAAACAGCUUGGGCUACCCAUUCAGUCUUGUGACUUUGCAGAGGGAAAAUUUGUCGUGGAAGGAGAGAAGACCUUAGAUGUGUAA